CACUUGUGUGUGCGUGUGUGUGUGUGUGAGUGUGUAAGUGUGCGCGCGCGGCUUCGCCCGGCUCCGUGGUUUAGACCUGACCGGCCCUGACUCUCUCUCACGCCGCAGGGUCGUUCCAGGACACACCGGUCCUCCGAAUCUGGACACUCUCGAAAGGAGACACAAUACGGACACUUUGUUUUUUGGGACCUAUUUCUUUCCGCAGGCUUUCGAGGUAACAUCCACAAACUCGAAGAACUUGAUUCGUACACACCCACUGAUCAGCGCUCAUUAAUCCUGGCAGGACGGAAGGAUCCCAGCUCUGUCCGGCUGCACUGGUGUGAACCUCACUGGAGAGGACCCGGAUAUCAGAUAUCGAGGAGUCCGUAAGCAGCGUGGGAAUGAUGUUUAGUCCCUGAUCCGGAGCAGUAUGUCAGGGUACAUACCAAGUUACCUGGACAAGGACGAACUUUGUGUAGUGUGUGGAGACAAAGCGACAGGUUACCAUUACCGGUGCAUCACCUGUGAGGGCUGCAAGGGUUUUUUCAGGCGUACGAUCCAGAAGAACCUGAACCCGACCUAUGCAUGUAAAUACGAGGGGAAAUGUGUAAUCGACAAAGUCACGCGGAACCAGUGCCAGGAAUGCCGCUUCAAGAAAUGCAUCGCUGUUGGAAUGGCGACCGACUUGGUGCUGGAUGACAGCAAGCGUCUGGCUAAACGGAAGCUCAUCGAGGAGAACCGUGAGCGGCGGAAGCGUGAGGAGAUGCAGAAGAUGGUGUGGGAGCGACCGGAGCCGACGCAGGAAGAAUGGGAGCUGAUCCGCAUAGUCACGGAGGCCCACAUGUCCACCAACGCCCAGGGCAACCACUGGAAACAGAAGCGCAAAUUCCUGAGUGCAGUGGGGGUGAAGGAAACCAAGGCUGAAGACAUAGGUCAGGGGACGAUCGUCAGCACACCGGAGGGCAGCAAGGUGGACAUCGAAGCCUUCAGUCAGUUUACAAAAAUCAUCACCCCGGCCAUCACCCGAGUGGUGGACUUCGCCAAAAAGCUGCCUAUGUUCUGUGAGCUGCCUUGUGAAGAUCAGAUCAUCCUGCUGAAAGGCUGCUGUAUGGAGAUCAUGUCUCUGCGUGCAGCCGUGCGUUAUGACGCCGAGAGCGAGACGCUCACGCUCAACGGCGAGAUGGCAGUGACUCGCGGCCAGCUAAAGAAUGGCGGCCUGGGCGUGGUCUCCGAUGCCAUCUUUGAUCUUGGGGUUUCUCUGUCCUCCUUCAACCUGGAUGACUCGGAGGUGGCGCUGCUACAAGCUGUCAUUCUGCUCUCUUCAGAUCGCCCGGGACUGACGAGCGUGGACCGGAUCGAGCGCUGCCAGGAGGAGUUCCUGCUAGCCUUCGAGCACUAUGUCAACUAUCGCAAGCACAAGGUGGCGCACUUCUGGCCCAAGCUGCUGAUGAAGGUGACGGACCUGCGCAUGAUCGGCGCGUGUCACGCCAGCCGCUUCCUGCACAUGAAGGUGGAGUGUCCCACCGAGCUGUUUCCUCCCCUCUUCCUGGAGGUGUUUGAGGACUGACCAAGCCCGCCCAUCAUCAUGUGACCCCCUAUACGCCGGUGGCUCUUAAACCACACCCAGCUCUCUUCGGACACGUUCGACGAACUCCGUUUUCUCACUACUGAGUGCCGUUGCAUUCCACAGAUUUAAAAGUAGCUCUCGGCCCUCAUUUCUAGACGGACCAUUCCUUUUACAAUGCGGGUACAUGUGAAUAGCAUUUUUUUUUUCCCUCCUUUCUUUCUUCCUCGCUCUCUCUCUCUCUCUUUCUCUCUCUCUGUCUUGUAUAUUGUUCUCAGUUACUCAAGGUGUAUUUUUGUUGUACAGUUUUGUGAGUGAGUAUAUCUACUAGUCGCUGGCGUUGGCUCAUCACUCACUCGGUUGUGUGAUCUAUGCAUUUGUAUCAUGCAACAUUCCACAUCUAGUAGAAGUCAGAUCUAUCUCCCACUUGGGGGGAAAAGGAAAACAAACACACACACAAAUGAACCUCUGCUCCUUAAAGUUUUCACACUACUUGCAUGAAAACGGAUCGGGUUUGCGAAAAAAUCAAAAGUUCCAUUCAUUCACAAGUUUACACGCGCAAAGACAAGUUCUCGUGCACCGUCCACAAAACAUCGGAACACAGAGAGGAUGUGAUGUAACGAGCGUAAUUUCCCACAAAUCUACGCCAGAGCACAGCACACAGGAGCUGAUCUAGACGCCAAAAUCCGCUUUCGUUGAAGAUUGCCACUGUUUAGGUGCCAAAACUAUCCAGAUUUACUACAGCAUGUGUUCCCGAAGGCGUGUCCUAUCCCGUCCCGUACCCACCCAUCACUCUGCCGGACUGUCUGUGACUGUCUCUCUUACCUCGUAGGAACUCUUUAUCCGUUUUAUAUAUUUUCACGAGUUAGACAAAGGUGAUGCCUCCGCUCGGACUUGUUGGUGCUAUGAGUUUGUCUAUUUAUACCUCUUUUCAGUCAGCCUCAGAAUUUGGAUGAUUCAUACACACGCACACACACACACACACACACACACACAGACAGAGCAGUGAGUGGUGAGGCAUGAACAGCCUACUGCUUCAUUACACAACGUGACCUCUGAGGUAUAGAGGAUAUGUCAAGGAGACACUUUUUCUUUCUUUCUUACUUUUCUUUCUUGUUAUGUUCUUUGUUUUUUCCUAGGUGACAUCAUCCUCUGACAUCAUCCUCUGACAUCAUAUUGUACUGCGAAACACUUUUUUCACAUCACAUACCUCUACCAUUCAUUAGGAAAUAAUGAAAACUGGUCAUUUUGUAUAAAAGAAGAAAAAACAAAACAAAACAAAAAAAAUCAACCGCAACAAUUUGCCUCAAGCUUGAUUUUCUCUGUAAAAAAAAAAAAAAAAAAAAAGCCUUUCGUAAGCAAUGAUUUGCUCCAGUGUUUUGGCUUAUUUAUGACUACACACACACACACACACUCAGACACACACACACACACACUCUCAUUAGUAUGUGCACACAAAGCACAGACUCAGAGGAAAUGCACAGACAAUCAGGAUGUGAGGUGAGGGACAGAGAGGAAGGUGCAACAGAGAUGAUCAGCCGGUGUUCAGUGAUUCGGAUCAGAGAGUAGCCACCUGCUAGCAUUAUGCAAACGACAUCGUGCUAAUAGGUCCUAACCGUUCACCGUUAGCCACGUUUAACAUGAUUGUAUCAACACUUCCAUGAAACCCUCAUGCUCACAUAGUACCGUACUACAUAGAGUGUCCAAGCAGAAGGACAGCCCUGACGGUCUGCUAUUUUCACUCGCUAUUAAGUACGGUAGUAUGUGGUUUGAGCCAAAUGUCAUCCCAGGUUGCAGAUGCAAAACAUCUGGAUGUACAGAGAGAGAGAGAGAGAGAGAGAGAGAGAUGUCCAUUUACAGAGUUACAGUGAAAAGGUGAAAAUGCAUUAUUUUACAGUAUAAAAAAAAAUUGUAUAUUUUCUGCAGAUAUUUUUACAGAUUUGCAUACGAUGAGAAAUUUCCCCACUUCGCCAACAACGAUAAUAAAGUUCUAUUCUCAGAAGCCUAAAGAAAUAGUUGGUGGUUAAAUAUAUCUGCGAGUUAUUUGGUGCAUUCUUUCCAGUGUUAUGUCUCACCAUCCCAAAAAAAAAAAGAAGAAUGAGCCAGUUAGCAUCAGAGAGCAACUCAUCCUGAACUGAACCAAUGGCCCUGAACAGAGGUGUGUAUCGGGACUGGGUUCCCACAGGAUAAAAAGUCACGGGCAGAAAUAAAGACCAGGAUCUUUAACAUAGAAUCCAUCAAGUUGAUCGCAUUUGUUCAUCCAUCUUUCAGCAACCAAUUUUAUUCUGGUCAGGGUCAUGGAGGUUAAACAGCUAGUUCUGUUUGUUUAACAAUAUGAAGCAAGGAGGUUUUUGGCCAGACUUCAUUUCAGAGGAGCCAGGACUAGUGGGAUUAAGCAGGAUUAGUCGAACUUUCUGGGAGAGCUGGCAUGAUUGGUCAAACUUUCUGUGGGAGCCGGUGGGAUAAGUCAAAAGUACGAGCAAGAUGAUGUCUCUCUCUUUUUUUAAGACGUGGGAUCAGUCGGACUUUUCUGCAGGAGCCGGAGGGAUUUGCCGAACGUUUUGCGGGAUCGUGAUUGGUCGUGUUUGUUCUCUGCAGGAGUGGGGGGAUUAGUCAUACUGCAGGAGCGGACAGGAUUUGUCAAACUAUCUGCAGGAACAGGUGCAAUUUGUUGGUGUAAUUGGUCUAAAUUACUGCACGAGUAGGUAGAGUUAGUCAAAAUGACUGCAGGAGUGAAUGGGAUUAGUGAAAUGUUCAGGGGAAAUUAGUCAGACGCUGUCCAGGGGCAGGCAGGAUGGCUCAAAGGUUCUGCAGGAGCAGGUGGUCAAACCUUCUGUAGGGGUGGUCAGAAUUAUUUAAAAGUUUUGCAGGAGCGACUGGGAUUAGUAAAACUUUUUGCAGGGGUGGGUGAGUGGGCAGGAUUGGACAGUCUUCCUGUAGGGGCCAGUGGGAAUAGUCAUCGGACUGGGGGAUUAGUCCUACUGAAAGAGCAGGCAGGAUUUGUCAACCUUAAGGCAGAAGCAGAUGGGCUUAGUCCAACUUUCUGUAGGAGUAGGCAGGGGUCGGUCAAACUUUCUGUAGGAGUAGGCAGGGGUCGGUCAAACUUUCUGUAGGAGUAGGCAGGGGUCGGUCAAACUUUCUGUAGGAGUAGGCAGGGGUCGGUCAAACUUUCUCUAGGAGUAGGCAGGGGUUGGUCAAACUUUCUGAAGGAGUAGGCAGGGGUUGGUCAGACUUUCUGUAGGAGUAGGCAGGGGUCGGUCAAACUUUCUCUAGGAGUAGGCAGGGGUUGGUCAGACAUUCUGUAGGAGUAGGCAGGGGUUGGUCAAACUUUCUGAAGGAGUAGGCAGGGGUUGGUCAGACUUUCUGUAGGAGUAGGCAGGGGUUGGUCACACGUUCUGUAGGAGUAGGCAGGGGUUGGUCCAACUUUCUAUAGGAGUAGGCAGGGUUGGUCAGACUUUCUGUAGGAGCUUGUGGGAUUGGUCAGAAUUUGAUUGGGGUGGGAUUAACAACAGUCCCACGCACACCUCUACCCCAAUAAUCCUAAUCCUUUAUAACAAUAAAAAUAAAGCACUUACCUCCCUCUUUAACUGUCUAAACUAUACUCAGGAGAGGGAUCUUUAACAAUGGUCUCAAAUAAUGCAUUCGGUAUAGCCUGUGUCUUGUUGUUGUGGCAACAAAUCUCAUUUGCUAUCAUGUAGAGCGCAGGGUGUACAGUGAGGCUGGUUUAAUAGGGGAAUGAGCUAACUGCGGAUUCGAUUUAAAGGAGCGCUAAGCUAAUCUGAACAACGUAACCUAAAUGAGUCUCCAGUGUGAUCCUGGGUACUUUUUCCUAAAGUGUCUGUUAGCUCACAAACCCAUAGACCUAGAGCUUCACGGUAAAUCCUCUUGUCCAUCCGUGAUGUGAACAUGAGUAAGACUAAAGGUGAGUCCAAAUGUAAGAGGUUGGGAUUUUUUUUUUUUAACUGAAUUGAAUGUGUUGCACAAGGCCACUGUGAGUUAGUGACGCCAGGAAUUAAAGUGUAAGCCAUGAUGAAAUCUGGGUACCCUGGAAGAAAAGUUGCACUAAAGAACACAAUCCUGUAUCUGAUGACUAAUGGUGAAUGUAAAAAUAACAAUGAAAGAACUGAUGACGAAUGAAAACGAUGACAAUGGUAACAUUUGUGUUUCAAAUUAACUGGCUCUGGGAAUAAAGAUGGUUUGAGAAA